ACAAAUGUUGUUUUAAACAUUCAACAAAGAGCCCGUUUGCUUACGCGUUUUUUUUAAUUUAUUAAAUAGGUAGGUACCUAAUAUUUCGUAACUAUUAAGCAUCAUUCGUUUUCACGAAUAUAAAAUAUGGUAUCCAUGAGAAUACUUUGAUAAUUAAUUCUAAAGUAAGACUCCAAACAUUUUACAUAGUUUUUUGUGUACUACAAGAUUGUUUACGGAUAAUUUUGUAGUAAAAUAUAAUAUAAGAAGCACGAAACAUGAUAAAACUAAUCUUGUACGGGUCAAGUUCAAUUGAUAUAUUGUGUUCUAUCUAGCGAAAUGUUCAUAAAAAAUCCGUUCAGUUGCAGUGACGCGAUCCAUCCGAACUAUCGUGAUAAAAUGUAGUUUACAUUAUGAUUUUAUUGUUGUUGGUUUUGUCGUUUUGUACCGCUCUGUGCAUUGAAGACGACAUCGGCUACGGAUUGAACAUUGGGAAUGCCAUUGAUUUGUUCGCGAACUAUGGCGAUCUGUCGCAAGUCACUCAAGUCGUCUCGGCGGACUAUGAAAUGGAAGAUGAACCCAUUAUCCCCUUCAGCGAGAAGAACAUUCGCGUCUUCGCGAAUGUGUCCAGUAGAAUCGUAAUGGGCGACAGCAUCACCAACAUAGACGUCCUGCUCUGCGAAAACUUUGAAGAUCUACUCAAUGUGUAUUUUCAGAAUUUCAAAAUUGAGGGCACGAGCAAACCUUGGAAGGCAUUCCUCGGCGAUUGGAUUCACGACGAGAUAAUGAGGACUUUCGGCAUUGAAUACGACAUGAAAUCGGACAACUGCUGCUACGUGCUGGUGAAGCUGACCAAGAAGCAUCGUACCGUAGAGCUUGAAGACCUGGAAGGUAUCCGGGUCAGGGCGUACAUACAGAGAGCUAUCGACAAGCUAGACAUCAACGAUCCGGCAGAAAUAAGACGAUUUAUGAAGAGCUACGGCACCCACUAUAUUGAAUCUUUUGUGACAGGCAAUUUUAUUUAUCAGGUAUUCAAAUACAAACGGUCAGGCUACAACAGACUGAGGUCGUACAUUAGAAUAAGAAACAGUCGCCCCACUCUACCUGAUAACCUCAGGUUUUAUUUCUCGUCUUAUUACUUGAAGCACGUCGGCGACAUCAAAGUGGCGAGCGGUAAUAAAACAGUGGAGUUUUGGGCGCGGCGUAAUCUCAGAGACAGCCAGUAUCUGUAUUCACGUCCCAGUCUACUUCGUCUGUAUUACAACACGAAUCUUCUUUACCAACUCAAUGACAUGCUAGACCACGGCGCUCUGAUUGGUCUUAAACUCAAAACUUUAAGACCCAUGUUCGAAGACAGUGCAAUGGCCGAAAAAUUCGCGGAAAUCGUUGAAAACGACCUGCAGUUAUGGGAAAUUAAUGCUUAGUGCCAUAAACUUAGAAUGGUUAACGCUUUGAAAGCAUUAUAUUAGUGACGGACCAGUAGCUGCAUUAAAUCGUGGGUAGAAUUACUGUAAUAUUAUUUUGUUAAUAAACGAAUUGUUAUUAUGAAAUGAACCCUUAAAUAAAAUACAUAAACAUGGAA